AGAUCAAGCCACACCGCUCAGCAAGCAGACAGUGACGUCAUCGUCUUUAUAUAAGAGCAUAAAUCGUCUGAGGCAAGGAUUUGUUGUUGUUUACGUGAUACGAUCGGAGCUGCAAUUAAAAAAGAUAUCAAACGGGAAAAUGAACAUGGAAUGGAAGAUCGUCGUUCCUUUGCUCGCGGUGGCCUUUACCGUGGCGAGCAGCGCCGGUUUGAUCGGAGGCCCCAUGGACGCAAAUAUGAACGAAGAAGGAAUGAGAGACGCCCUGCAGUUCGCCGUGGUCGAACACAACAAGCAAACAAACGACAUGUUUGUCAGGCAGGUGGCCGAGGUUGUCAAAGCGCAGAGACAGGUGGUAUCUGGGAUAAAGUACAUCUUCACAGUGCAGAUGGCCAGGACCCCGUGCAGGAAGGGAGGUGUUGAGAAGGUCUGCUCCGUGCACAAGGACCCAGAGAUGGCUGCGCCCUACCAGUGCACCUUCGAGGUGUGGAGCCGCCCCUGGCUGAGCGAAAUCCAGAUGGUCGAGAACCAGUGCAAGCAGUAGACACAAUGAAGAGAAGACUUCAAUCAAUGUCUAGUCUACCAAAUAACUAGUAUUAUCUAGUGUUAUUUGUUAGUCUUACCAAUGCAGUUCAACCUCCUUCUCUAGGAUAUAUUCAGAGAAUCCAACUAAUCACUGAUUUUCAAACUUAUUGCAUUCCCACACUAAUAAAAGCACUUAUUACAAACACUGCUAUCUUGAAAAUGUAGUAUUAAAAUGAUGCAACAGUGACCUAAAUAAAGAAAAGGUUUGGAACAUUUA